GCGAGGUUUUUGUUAACAUGGAUCCAACCUCGUUUGCAAGUGUGUUAGAGGGCGUCAAGCGCAUGCGAGAGCAGUAUGCUGAUGCCAGCGAUGAUGGUGAUGAUGCGGACUCUGCCCCCAAGCGUCCUCAAACCGACAGCCCGCAACCCGAUCAACUGCUCCCUUCAUCUGCAACUAGUGCAAGUGAUGCCACAAACACAAGAAUCACAAAUACAACCCUCCCCACACAACCCAUGGUUCGAUCGCUGCUACUGCCGCUGCCGGUGGGUGUCGGGCAGAGCUCUCGCCCGGUCUCUCGCCGCAUUCAGCCCGCAGUUCAAAUGUACUCCCAGAUUCAAGUGGCCCCGUCACAGAAGGGAAACCCAGUCUUCCAGAGCUCCUUGCUUAAACAGAAGCCUAUCGCGUAUAAUAAGGAAAUCUUGUCUGACUACUACAUAAACCCCACGCUCCAAGUGUUGUUUCUUUCAAUGAAGUAUCAUCAAUUACACCCCGAGUAUAUAUGGCGAAGGUGUAAAAAACUCAACCAGGGUUCUACGGUGCUGACCAUUAAAGACAACGCGUGUAAGAUUCUUUUGGCAGUAAUCGACAUCGAGAGUCCGCAAGAAGCGCUUCGCAAGUUGAACAAUAUCUGUAUCAAGCAAGACUUGACGUUACUUAUAGCAUGGUCUUUUGAGCAAGCCGGUAACUACAUCGCCAUGUUGAAGGACAACGAGCUUUCAAGAACCAAGGUGAACUUGACGAUCCGAGGAGCCAAGCAGAGCGACUUCAAGUCCAAUUUGACCGAUACUCUCACGAGCAUUCGAGCUAUUAACAAGACAGACGUCAUCAACCUCAUGACAGAAAUCGGCUCGUUCAAGGACAUUGUGGAGGCUGAUAACAUCAAAAUCCAUGGUUUUGGUGACAGAAAGAUCCUGAAUCUCAAGGCCACCUUCAGCCAGCCAUUCAUCUUGAAUAAGGAACAAACUCCAGAUAAUGAACCUGAACGACUGCAAUAAUGACCAUCUGUGGUCUAUGUACAUUACUAUAUAGCUCUAAGUCAGGCAGCCGGCUUGGCAUUCUCCUUCUCCAUUUGCAACACCUUUGUUCUCAAUGCCAUAUUUAACUGAUUCAAUAUCUCGUUCUUCUGUACCAAGAUUUCUUUCAACUUGGCGGAGUCUUCAUUCAAUUUGGUGAUUUUCGACGUAUAUACCCGCUUGGCAUCCUCGCUGGUCUUCUCCACAUAGUAGCCAGUACCAAUGUCUACCAAGAACUUCUCUGGGUCUUGUACCUUGCCUGGCAAAUACAAAGAACUUGUCAAAGGUACAAGCAACUGCUUGUCUUGCUGAGAUUUCAUGUUAUCGAUGCUGCUUAUACAGUCUUUUAAUUUAGACUGGGCCGUCUGUAAUGCUUGUAGUGAGGACGUGAAGUGUGUGACCUCUUCCUCGGUGGACUUCUUGAGCUCUACAAGCUGUUGGGGGUGAAGUUGUCCCAAAUCUAUUCUCUGCGACAUGGUGGACUUGGUU